GGAGGUUAAAUCAAAACAAUCGCUUAUUUUAGUUUCCCUCUGGAACUUUUUGGAAGAAUGGAAACAGGAAAUUAACAGCACAUAUGCCGCUGAAGUUAUAUCUGUUCAUCCAAGCAUUCAAGCAAAUCUGAGCCUGGCUUCACACCUCUAAAGUUUCGAUUGAACAUUUAUUUAUGCAUUUCUGCAUAAUACAAUUAGUAUUAUUCCCAACAGCCUUUGCUAUGUUAGCUGAUAUUUGCUUUUAUAAAUACUACUUUUGCACCCAGGCUGCUGAAAUUGUGUGCUUGGUGUUUUGGUCCAACAUUUAUUUUGAAGAUACUAGGGCUUCCAGGCAUAUUUUUAACCUUUUGCCCAUGUGAUGAAUUGUGGAUAAUCUUGAAUAUAUGGAUAAAUAUAGACGUGUAAGGCAUGUGUGACUGUAUAUAUUCAUUCCUCUGUGCCUCGAUACUGAUGAAGAUGGUGUGGACAUUUUUUUCUGUCUGCAGCUGAUCCUUCUUCUGAUGCUUCCUCUGCAGAAUUGGUCUGAUGGAGCAAAGGCACUCAUCGCAGCUCAGUAGACAAAGACAACAAUGGGACCAGUAUGCAAACAGCAUGGAUUGUACUGGAAAUUUUACACAAGACCAGAGAUCUCCAACGGGAGAGAAACCCUUCAAGUGCACUGUGUGUGGGAAGGCAUUUUCAGGUUCAUUUAAUCUUAAAAAACACCAGAGAACACACACAGGAGAGAAACCCUUCAGGUGUAGUGUGUGUGGGAAGGAAUUUUCAUUUUCAUCUGGUCUUAAAAAACACGAGAGAACACACACAGGAGAGAAACCCUUCAAGUGCACUGUGUGUGGGAAGGCAUUUUCAAGUUCAUAUUAUCUUAAGAUACACCAGAGAACACACACAGGAGAUAAACCCUUCAAGUGCAGUGUGUGUGAGAUGGCAUUUUCACAUUCAUCUAAUCUUAAAAUCCACCAGAGAAUACACACAGGAGAGAAACCCUUCAAGUGCAGUGUGUGUGAGAUGGCAUUUUCACAGUUAUCUAAUCUUACAAUCCACCAGAGAACGCACAAAGGAGAGAACCCCUUCAAGUGCGGUGUGUGUGAGAUGGCAUUUUCACAUUCAUCAAAUCUUAAAAUGCACGAGAGAACGCACACAGUAGAGAAACCCUUUAAGUGCAGUGUGUGUGGGAAGGCAUUUUCACGUUCGUCUUAUUUUAAAAUACACCAGAGAAUACACACAGGAGAGAAACCCUUCAAGUGCACUGUGUGCGGGAAGGCAUUUGCAUUUUCAAGUUCAUUUUAUCUUAAAAUACACCAGAGAACACACACAGGAGAGAAACCCUUUAAGUGCACUGCGUGUGAGAAGCCAUUUUCAAGUUCAUUUUAUCUUAAACUACACCAGAAAACACACACAGGAGAGAAACCCUUCAAGUGCACUGUGUGUGAGAAGGCAUUUUCAAGUUCAUCUUAUCUUAAAAUACACCAGAGAAUACACACAGGAGAAAAACCCUUCCAGUGCACUGUGUGUGAGAAGGCAUUUUCACGUUCAUCUUAUCUUAAAAAACACCAGACAACACACAGAGGAGAGAAACCCUUCAGGUGUACUGUGUGUGAGAAGGCAUUUUCAAAUUCAUUUUAUCUUGAAAUACACCAGAGAACACACACAGGAGAGAAGCCCUUCAGGUGCACUGUAUGUGGGAAGGCAUUUUCACGUUCAUCGCAUCUUAAAAAACACCAGAGAACACACACAGGAGAGAAACCCUUCAAGUGCAUUGUGUGUGGGAAGGCAUUUGCACAGUCACCACAGCUUCAUAGCCACCAGAGAACACACACAGUAGAGAAAGCCUUCAAGUGCUCUGUGUGUGGGAAUGCAUUUUCAAGUUCAUCUUAUCUUAAAAUACACCAGAGAACACACACAGGAGAGAUACCCUUCAAGUGCACUGUGUGUGAGAAGACAUUUACAUGGUCAUCAGGUUUACAGAUCCACCAGAGAACACACACAGGAGAGAACCCCUUCAGGUGUAGUGUGUGUGGGAAGGCAUUUUCAAGUUCGUCUUAUCUUAAAAUACACCAGAGAACACACACAGGAGAUGAACCCUUCAAGUGCAGUGUGUGUGAGAUGGCAUUUUCACAUUCAUCAAAUCUUAAAAUGCACCAGAGAACGCACACAGGAGUGAAACCCUUCAUGUGCAGUGUGUGUGGGAAGGCAUUUUCAAGUUCAUAUAAUCUUAAAAUACACCAGAGAACACACACAGGAGAGAAGCCCUUCAAGUGCAUUGUGUGUGGGAAGGCAUUUUCAAGUUCAUAUAAUCUUAAAAUACACCAGAGAACACAUACAGGAGAGAAACCAUUCAAGUGCACUUUGUGCGGGAAGGCGUUUGAACAGUCACCACAUCUUCAUAGGCACCAGAGAACACACGGGCAUCAGAAGACCCCCAAGGAGUGUAGUCUGAAAUCGACUUGUGAAAGUCAAAGUGCUGCAAUGAUCCCAUCCCUCCUGAAAAAAGAACCAGAAGUAAAUUCCAGCUUGGACACUAUGACAUGUAUCAAGGUGAAAUUUGAAGAGGCGACGGUGAAGAGCGAAGAAGUGACAGUGAAGAGCGAAGAAGUGAAGGUCAAAUGUGAAGAUGAACAUUCAACUCCAAAAUCGGACCUUCACAUCAAUGGAGGCAACGUGAAGCAGGAGGAGAAUUCUGACUGUGAGGCAGAGCGAGGCAACUCCCAGCAGUUUGUGGAAGUGGAGGUGUGGGUGGACUUCUUAGACAAUACAAAGUCAAAUGGAGAACCUGUAGAUGUGUAAGAUUGAGACAAUGAAGCUCACAUUUGUCACAGGCCUUUAAGGAAAAUAACUUGAAGUUGAACACUCCAUUCCUAUGUUCAACUUGCUGAGUAAGAGCAGUCAGUAUUUGCGGCCCUGUGGGUUGGGUAGAUCUCUAACUAGGAGCGAGAGCCAAUAAGCUCCCAAGCAUUCACUAUGUUAUAAUAAUAUUAGCAUUUAUAUAGUGCUUGCUUAAUCGCCUCAGCAACUCGGAGUUUUGUAUUAUCUCAUCACAAACACUCGAAGAGCACGCCUUUUGGUGUCCUCUGGAUUAUCACCGUUUGAUACUAGGCUCGAAAGAAAGCUGUCUCUGGUGUGAACCAAUCAGUUUCAAAGACAAUGCAUAUAUUGUGUCCUAUGACUAACCACACGGCGAUUCGAGGGGAGAGAAUUUCACGUAAAAACAGAGGCACGACGCAUACAUAGAGACUACUGCAAGUUACAGAAGACUACAAGCGACAGAGAGUUCUGCGACGGGCAGACUCCGGAGCAUGGCCUCGAGAUCAACAAUGGGUUUUGUGUCUCGCAGAGAAGAGGGGGCGAGGUGAUGCUCGUUGCUGAGUUCGGCAUGGACCGACAGAGUAUCGCUGAGAGUUUUAUUCUACAUUUAUCCUCAUGUUUUGAGUCGCUUGCAAAGUCAAGGAUUGCGAUAAGUUGUAUUGUACUAAGCUUUCACAGUUGUUUUAGAGGUGUGCAAAUACAAUUUACAAGUUUUGAGAGUGAGUUCCAGCUCCCACGAGCAGCUGCGAUCGGCAGGCUCCGCGGAACCUGCCCCCGUGACUGGCACAUCGUCAACGAGCUGCACCAGCAGAAGCCACGAGUCUACGAAAUCAACACAAAGAGUUACUUACUGCAAGCAGCAAGCGCUGGGGUGGGACUCUGCAAUCAACCAAGGAUGAAGAGGCUUGCCGAGUAGCAAUUGGUCACCGAGUACGAGCUCUGCGCUGACGGAAGAAGUAUCGCUCAAAGUUAUUCUACACUGAGUGCCAGCUACCACGAGCAGCUGCAGCCCGAGAGAUAGUGUCGAGCAACGACGAGCAAUCAACUGGGAGAAAGGGUGGAAGCCCAAGCAUCGACCAAGCCAGCAUCUUAGAGAACCAGCUGCACGCGCAACCAGGCAUCGCCAGAGAGCACGGAGCCGGAGAGAGAGCGCAGCAGCGCCACCGAGCAAGGGUGUCAGCUGCCAGCGGACGAGCGGCGAGCGCUGUCGAGCACCUUGAAAGACAAGCAUCGUGCCAACUCAGCUCAUCCAGCAGGGGAAAGAGCCUGACCAGCCGCCUGUGAGGAAGAGGAGAGCGCCAGCGAGAGCGCCGUGGGUUCGACCUACACACACCGACCAGCACCAGCUGUGAACCAAGACAAGAGUGAAGAACGGCGACUAGCAGACGAGCUGCGGGCGCUAUCUGACGACGGAAUCAUCGUGCACCGCCGACGUUGAGCGUCGUGCCGACUCUUCAUUCAGCAGUGGGCAGCAGCUGCAGCUGCCGCCGAGCGAGAGAGAGCGAGGAAGCUGUGUGUAUGACCCUCCCCCACCCUCGCAUACCACGUAUCAUCCAGCGUCUACCUGACGCAUAGAAUUGAUGAAGGAGACAAAACCACCAAACACACACAUUCCGCACAUACCGAGACUAAUAAUAAUAAGAAUAAUGAUAAGAGUGUGUCAAGUAUUAGCUGAUAGUGAAGAACAUUGCUGCCCAUUGAGUCACGUGGAUACGGUCGUUGAGAAGUUUUUCAGUCGUUCUUUUUGUUAAUUUUAACUGUACCGAUGAAUUCAUUGACGAAACUAAACGUUUAGAAACCUACAUUACGAAUCCACACACUCACAGGGAGACUUGUGUUGAAAUCUUUCUUUUGAUCACAGAAUCUUGCCCGCGAAUUUAUUGAAGCCUUAGCCAAUUGAUAAGCAUUUGCUGAAGCAGACACACUGCCGCACACCAUUGUUCCAAGACAUUUAGUUAGAUGAAACUGACAUUUAGCUUAUUACAUAAUCUACCAAUGAAUUCAUUGAGGUCUACUUUUGCCUUCGGGACAUGUUUCUUUAUUGCCGUUCGUAUGAAUAUCGUCACAUUUAUUUUUAAGGACUUUUUCCUAUCGCCGUAUAUGCUCGUGUUACUCUGAGAAAUUAACCGAUUGCUCUGUUACCCAGUUUAACGUAAUCAUUGAGGGUUAAAUGUACGAAUCAAUGAGCACAUCUCCAGGAGUACUGUGUUGAUGUGGGGGUCGCUAGUCCCCGAGAUCCCUCCCUCGAUAAUGCUUACGGCCGGGCUAACAUCAUCACUUGCCCCCCCGCUGCUAAGCGAACCGCUGCUGGGUUCCUCACCCAUGGUGUGGGAGCUGUUGCUCGAGGAUUCCCCUCCACCGCGGGUCCGCGUCGUAGGCAUGGUUAGAUACCGAGUAGUAUUAUGCCCCCUUUACACUACCACGAUACCUUCCUUUCCUAAUUGCGCGCCUGCAACCCACAUGGAGCGAACGUACGCACGCCCACACACACGCCGCUCCGCGCACUCCAACUCAACUCACGUUAUGAUCGCGCACCUGUAUCACACACGGAGUGAACACACGCGACACCCACUCUCGCGCCGCUCUGCGCAGCGCUCCCCCGAGGCGAGCCGCAGCACUACACUCACCCCUGACUACUCGCGUUAUGAUCGCGCACCUGUAUCGCACACGGGGUGGACGCACGCACACACACGCAGCUCCCCACUCGACACACUGCUCAACAAGAUCACGCGAGACCACGCUUCGCUAUUAAUGAUUUAUUAUCUGCUACUCGCGAAUUGAUGCUAAGUCAGUAUGAGUCGACGAGGCUGGCCUAUCCUACUUCCCCUGGGCCUAUUCCCUAUUUAUCGGCUUACGAUACCCUACUUCACCUCCCCACUCACUGUUUGGUGCCCACGGUGGUUCGCUGCUCCCUGUGCUAACAGCGCACCUCGAUGCGUCGCACGGACGUCCGGGUCGCUGGCUGGAGCUGCGGCUGGUCCUCUGGCCUGGAGAAAAGAGAGCUAUUUCUCGUUUGUGCCCCCUUUUUAUCCUCCCUACAUCAAAGGGAUGCGGCUACGAACGGGAUGGUGUCCCUCAGCCCUUCCCUAACAAUGAGCUCGCGCCAGCUUGCACGCGCACGGUGGCUCCGCGGCGCCUCCACGGCGCUUUUGUUAUGCUAAUCGGAUGUGCUGCGGCGCCGAUUCCAAACACGCUCCUUUGGAGUGAGCAGGUAGGAACUUGGUUGGACAGCGCAUUCGUGCACGACAGAGAGACCAAUAAUUCCUGGUGGGCAGUGUGGAACAUUGUUCCUACCUGUAUUAAUCUCCCUCUCAUGCAUGGCGCCGUGCUCCUGCGCACCCUAAACUAUGCCGCCCCGUCCCUCCUCCGCCUGUCUCGUCGACCCGUGGGGGUGUGUGUGGGGGGAUGCGCCUCAACCGCGGUGGCCGAAUGCCCCACGCCGCGGCCAUACCAUAUUAAGGCUGGUCGCAGCGCCGCGGCGCAACGUAGCACGGGGGAGGCCGUCCAAUUUCCUGAUCGCCGGAAACCGUGAGAGUUAAUCCCGAUAAGGGUUUCUCGGAUAAAAACCGGUCGAUCAGGUGAUCUCCCCUUCCAGCUCUAUGGGUGGGGGAAAAUGCGUGCGGGUGUGUUCAUGUGAGGUGAGGUGAGGGGGGCGAGGGGUUGGCUCCGUUGCUUGGUGGUGGCGAGGU